UAGUGAUCGCAUCAAACCAAUAGAAAACAAGAUCAGAAAAAAAUGUUCCACUCAACCUGCCAAUCACCAUCUAUACUUCCUUUAAUGGAAAAGUCUGCGUAGGACAUGACACUGUUUCGCUUUGCUCUAACUCUUGGUCUUCAUCACACAUGGACAGGCUGCACAUUUUCAUAUAUGUUCUCUUGGGAGGAGGAAUCUGCCCCUGCUGUAAUCUGAAAUCCUGUUCCACUGAGCCUAUUGUGUUUGUUUUCCAGGAGUUGUAUCUUUCAGUCAUGGUUGGACCUCUGGAUCAGAGUUGGAGAUGACAGUCAGACCAGGAGAAAACAUCAGUCUCUACUGUGACUGCAAGUUAUCAACCGGAGUAUACAUCGUGUGGUACAGGAACUGCUCUCAUGAGAACCAGCCUUCUCUCGUCCUUAAAAAUGUAUGGACACUAACAAACAUUGAACGCGCACUUAAUCCUCUCCCUCGUUUCCACUUUGUGAGAAACUUUUCCUCUGAGUCCUAUGACCUGCUGAUCAUUAACACCACUGAGACCGAUGAAGGGCUCUACUACUGUGGAACUGAAACGUUUUAUGUGGAGAGUGAAAAACAAAUUAUUCGCAGACAUCUUUACACAAAUGGCAACGUCUCAACAAGAAUCCGAUUAAACUCCAGUGAGCCUGAUCACAAUGAGACUUCACAAAACUGCGGUGACUGCAAUGGUGUGUGCUGGAUGCUGCUGUUCUCUCUGUGUCCAGCUGUUGCUGCUCUGUCCUCUCUCCUCUCCUCUCUCCUGGUGUACCACCUCUGUAAGAAAGAAGCUAAAGAACCUCAAACUGAUCUGCAAACACCUCAAACAAGACAAAAUCAGGAUCAAGAUGUGUGCUUUGCUGCACUGGAAAUUCGCCCGGUGUCACAUCGACCAAAGAGGACGACAACCCAGAGUUCUGUCACCUAUUCUGCCAUCAACACUUCUAGGAUGUAAAGAGUUUGAACAACAGCACAAAGCAGAAUCUAUGACUGAUGUGUAAGAAAAUGUGCAUAAAAUACAUUUCAGUCAGAAAACUCAUGUUUUUCUUUGAUUUGUUUAUUAGAAGCAGCAUACUUUGAGUUUGGCUUCUUGGCUCGGGCCUCAUCACUCCACAGACUUACAGAGAACAUUGCAGGCGAGCCUACAGGUGCAGGCAGCAAUGUAAAGGCAGCAGCAGCAUUAGCGAGGCAGAGACAGAUAGAUCUGAGUUAUAUAGAGCGGCAGGUUUAGGAGAAUGUGUUUAGUGGGUUGUAAGAGGGACGAGGCACGUCACGUUUGAAUUCAUUGGUUCUUGAGUCGACUGCCUGAACUAGCUGCAGGCUUCGCCCCAUUUGUAGUAGUUUUAAAUUUUUCCAAGUUCAUACGUUGCAAAGUUCUCUAUAUUUACUCUCUAAAUUACUCCAUUUCUAAUUUCCUGACACCACUUAAAAAAGCUAGCUACAGUAGUACAGCAUGGUAGAUGGUAACAAUAACUUUUGUGCAAGGGUUAUUCAAAUGUGUCUGUAAUUGUUCAGACAAAAGAAUACCUACAAAUAAUCAAAUCAAUUUGAACGGCAACGAAUAUUUAAAUGUAAUUGUUGUACCAGCUAUUCCACAAGUAAAAUUGACAACUGUUCAAAUAAAAAAUGUCUGCUUACAUGUGUGGCCACCAAUGUUGUCUUUAGUUUUAUUAUUUAGUUGUAUUUGUUGUUGUUGUUUUUACAUUAUUGUUCCUCAAAGAUUAUUUAA